GUGAACACACACAAGACUAUGGGGGAUAGGAUGUCUUCAUAUUGAUGGGUAUAAAAGUACCACUGGAAGUUUAAAAUAACUAAGCAAGUGUCAUUUUAACAGCGAAGAUGCCAAGGCGCCACACGCGAUUAAAUCUCCCUCCCUUAUUCUCCAUUUCCAAAAGUAAUGACUUGCCCAAACAGGAUCCUACUAUUUCUGCCACAUUUCUGAGACUCUCACGAAUCCACGCCAGACUUCACAACAAAGAGCAGAGCUGCCCUCAGGACAGCAACCAAGCUGAUCCUCAACGCAUCCCAUCAAGUGUCUUGUUGCAGCUGGAUAGAAAGGAAAGCAUAGAGGGAGAAGAUGAAAACAUUUGGAAAACAAAAUUCAGCAAAAAAGUCAGGACAAAAGAUAGAGAUUCAACAGAAGCCAGUGGUCCAGAUGAUACACUUCAAGUAACCCAAUUGCCAAUUUUGGCAAGAAAAUCAAUAAUAACUGAAUGUCGAAAUGAGUUUCGGAAAGAGUUGAAGAGAAAUACAGAAUGUACACCACUGUCAACAGUGAUUGUAAGGUGGUCUAUAAGGAAAGACAUGCCUGAUACGUUGUACAGAUGGUUCAUCCUCCAAGACCUGUGCAAAUAUGGUCCCAUUGAGUCAGUAAUCUUUUCUGGACAUAGAUGUGCCCAAGUUGUGUUCAGUGAUAUACUGUCAGCGUGCAAAGCAAUUAACACCCAUUCAGUUAGAGUUGCAGAACAGCGUUAUCAUUGUUUUUGGCAUUAUCCAUUUAUGAAGCAAAAUUACAGAUUUUAAAUGUAGAAGAGUGACAUAGUAUUAACAAAUCAUCUAACUUUCACACGUUCUGAUAGUGUAUCAGAUUUCAAUUCAUUCCCUCCUAGCCAUCCAUAAUUUUCCAAAUUAAUAAUCACACAUAAGACUGAAUAUUUAAAGUUAUACAUUUCUGAAAACAAUUAGAAAAAACGUCUAGCAGUAUGGCUGACCAAUUAAUAAUUACCUUGCAAUGAAAUAUGGACAAAAAAGCUAACAAUCUAAAAGAUUAAUAACAGAAAUAUUCUGCAAUCAAAACUAGUAUUUAGGUUUCUGGACGUCAAUUACUGAACAGUGGGGAAAUAAAAUCACAAUUUUGACUUCUUUGUAAAGAAGCCCAUUAUGGCGUUCAUGCAUUCUUCAGAUAACCAUCUUUCCACCAGUCGCUCACAUUCUUGGGCAUUGACAGCAUGCAGCUUUUCCUUUUCAACACCUCUUAUUAGCUGCUUUGAAAAAGCCAGAGACUGAAAGUAACAUGAAUAACAACAUUAAAUCCUUAAAAAUUAGGCAAUGAUGUGCUAUUAGAACCAAAACUAAUAACAAAAACAUCAUUUGAUUAGUUGGAUCCUUCCUAAACAAAUUUAGUUACGAAGAUAUCUCGCAACGAAAAACCAAGUAAAUGACAGUAAAAGCAGUAUAAAUAUAUAAAUGCUUCAAGUAAACAAUGUGGGAGAAGUACAAACAUUGCAGUUUAAAAAUAUAUUCAAAACAUAACAAUGACACUGGAUACUGCCCAAAACACAUUACAAGGUUAGUGAAUGAUUGCAUUAUCUCGGAUAAAUUAGCACAUCAGCAUAAUCAACCAUAAUUUGCUUUAAUUUUAUGCUUGGAGUAGCUAAUAAUGAAUGUAAAGUGAAACAAUAUUUUCAAUUUUUGGAUCAUUAUACUUGAAAUAAAGAACAAUCAGUAGACAGCAAAGUAACCUUUCUAUAACAGUUUCAAUUAAAAUACUUCCUCAGAAAAGAAAAAAGAAUUGCUGAAUGCUUGUUAAGUAAUCUCCGUCUCCAGAGUUACCCAGUCUUAUUAUCCAAGCAAAUAUGAUACUCCAUAAGUAAAAAAAAAGCUAAAUUCUGUUUGCAAGGUUGUUGAACAAGAUAAAGACCAUGUGGGUUGGGGUAACGUAUUAACAUUGAUGGAGGAUGGUUAAGAGAUAGCAGAAAUAAGGGCUCUCUUCCAGACUGCUGUUAUUACUUGGUGUCAACAAGGAUCGUUGCUGGGUCUCAGCUACUUACAACCUAUAAUAAUGACUUAUGUAAUUCACUAGCUACUAAUUUCAUCCUUAACUUUGGCAACUGUCUGAGACUAAAUCAGAUAGUGCAUACCUUGUUAACAUACUUGACCCUGAAAUGAGCUUCAAACCAAUGUUUUCAGCAGCAUUAAGACGGUCUAAUUCCAGCACCACCUGAUUCCAUCCAUGCCUCAACUCAUCUACAUGGAAACACCUUACUUGUGCACUUAUUGCUUCUAUACUUGACUACUCCAACACUAUUCCCAGCUGUUCUCCUACAUUUUAUCUUUUGUAGACUUCCUAACUUGAUUUCAAAAUUCUUGUCUGUUUCAAACCCUCCAUUGGCCUUGUCCUCUCCCUACAUCUGUAAAAUAAAGCAGGCAAUAAAUGCUGGCCAGUCACUAGUGGAUAAAAAAGAAAUCCUUCAACCCAUUAUCUUCCAGGAUAACUGCAUUUAUUAAAUUGUGACAUCUUGAGCAUCCUUAGUGUUAAUUACUCUACCAUUGACUUAGUUGCCUAGGCCCGAAGCUCAAUUCCCCUCCGACAUUUCUCUGCAUGUAUCUUCCUUGCUUUCUUCUACUGAAGCAUUCCAAUGCAAUCUAGCCCCUAGUAGGCCAUGAGACCUAUUCCCAAGAUCUAUUGGCCAACCAGAGGCCAGCAGUUCUCCAUUCCUGUACAUGCCAUUGACCACAGUGGCCCCUGUCUUCUUUCAGCAGGGAUCGUCAGUAGAUCCCUGCAGACAGCUGAGUGGAGUGGGAUGGGAUCUGUUGGCUGAGGUUGCAGGGGUUUCAGCCUACAUUCAUUCCUGAAGCUGGGUCCCUCGAUUGAGCGCUGAGUGCCCAUCAACAAGAGACCCCUGGGUAGGCCACUAGCAAAUACAGUUGGGGUUGUUUGACAACUUUUGGGACGAAUGAAAGACCCAAAUAAGUCCUGUUAACUGACUGAGCCACCAUUAAAUCUAGACAGCUUAGGGGUACUUGGCUCUUUAUGGCUCAUUAAUUAUCAUAAUUGACAUUUUGUUGCUGGGUCCUCCCCCUUUUUAAUUCCCAUCACUAGGAAACAAAUGUACAUAUCUGUGCCUGAUUCUCUCGGCCUUCUCACUGUCAAGUGAGAUCAAAGAUCCAGUAGGUUCUAUUAAUUCCACCCACUAUUUCCUUAUGUGGUUACUCUGUUGAGCUUGAGAGGCAGUAGGAACCACAGAUGCUGGAGAAUCUGAGAUAACAUAGUGUAGAGCUGGAUGAACACAGCAGGUAAGGCAGCAUCAGAGGAGCAGGAAAGCCGUCGUUUCAGACCUAGAACCAUCUUGUCAAAAGUCAACUGGAAAGUACAUCAACUUGCAUCAUGAAGGUGAACCAUUAAUUACCAUUUUCAAAGCCCCAAUUGGGAUACUUUUCCAUCCUGAAUGGCAAUUUGCUGCGGACAAAUGCCCCUUGCUCAUUGUUCCUCAGCCUGGACAGGCAGGUAUAUCAAUGGCUGCAGCCUUCAUGCCAAUCCUAGAGGCUGUUGAUGACACAGCAUCCAUAAUCCAAUGGUGCAGCCUUGGACAGGAAUUCUAAAACGGAGAUUUUCCCUCUGUUCUGAGGGAUCUAACUGCUUUCUGUCCCCUUAAUAUUUUCUUUGCAUCCUGUCCCCCAAAAGAUAUCUCCAUAUUGAGUUGAUUUUGCGGUCUUUGAUUUGUUUCAGCAGUGCCCAACUUUCCCAGUGGAAGCACAGGAGACUCAAGAACUGCCAGUGUUCUGAUGGAAUGGUAGCUCUGAGAGCCUGUUUUUUGCCCACAAUUGGGCAAUUAGUAUGGUAGUGACUAAUUAGGAGGCAAACAUCAGAAGAGGGUGCCACCAGUCCCAACACCAGAUAAAAGAAUUUGCAAAGGGCUAUCCUAUAGGCUUAGUGUGUGAGCAUGACAGUAGUCUGUAUAGUUUGAGGAAAUAUGAGGGUAUUCACUUUGGCAGGGAGAAUAGAAAAUAGAAUAUUUUCAACAUGUUGAGCAACUAUUAUAUGUUGAUACUAACAGGGAUUUGGGCAACUUUACACAACAGCUACAGAAGGUUUACAUGCAAGCAUGCUAAGCAAUUAGGAAGGAAAAUGUCACACUGACCUUCAGUGCAAGGUGGUUGAAGUGCAAAUAUAAGGAAGUUUUACUUUAAUUGUACAGGGCUUGGUGAGAUUUAUGCAGUUUCAGUUAACUGUGACAAGCCAAAUCUAUAUAGGGCCUUUAAGCUCUCAAAGUAUUUUGUAGGCGUAUUAUAAAAAAACAUUACAUUGAGGCACAUUGUGUUAUAGAAUUGCACAACAUGGAAACAGACCUUUCGGUUCAACUCAUCUAUGCUGACAAGAUAACCUAAAUUAAUCUAGUCCCAUUUACCAGCAUUUGGCCCAUAUCCCUCUAAACCCUUCCUAUUCAGACAUCCAUCCAAAUGUCUUUUAAAUAUUGUAAUUAUACCAGUCUUCACUACUUCAUCUGGCAGCUCAUUGCAUACAAGCACCACCCUCUGCAUGAAAAAGUUGUCCCUUAGAUCCCUUUUAAAUCUUUCCCCACUCACCUUAAAUCUAGCCCUCUAGUUUUGAACUCCACUACCCUAGGAAAAAGACUUUGGCUAUUCAUCCUUUCCAUGCUCCUCAUUAUUUUAUAAACCUCUAUAAGGUCAUCCCUCAACCUCCCAUACUCCAGGGGGAAGAGCCCCAGCCUAUUCAGUCUCUCUUUAUAGCCCAAAUCCUACAAUCCUGGCAACACCCUUGCAAAUCUUUUCUGUACCCUUUUAAGUUUAACAAUAUCUUUCCUAUAGCAGGGAGAUCAGAAUUGAAUGUAGCAUUCUGAAUGUGGCCUAACCAAUGUCCUGCACAGCUGCAACCAGACAUCCCAUUUCUUAUACUCAAUGCACUGACCAAUAAAGGCAAUGUACCAAACGUCUUCUUCACCACCCUGUCUACAUUUGACUCCACUUUCAAGGAACAAUGAGCCUGCACUCCAAGGUCACUUUGUUCGGCAACCCUCCCGAGGGCCUACUGUUAUGUUGCUAGAUGUCCAAAAGCUUGGGCAAAGAGAUACAUUUUAACAGUGUCUUAAAGGAGGAAAGUAAGGUCUAGAAAAUGUAUGGAUCAUAUUCCAGAGCUUAGGGUUCAGGCAGCUGAAGGCAUGGCCGCCAAUGAUGCAGUGAUUAAAAUUGAAGAUGCUUGAGAUCAGAGAAUUAAAGGAGUACAUAUAUCUCGGAGUUGUGUGGCUGGAAGAACUGAGAAAGGUAGGGAGGAGAGAAAUGAUUCAGGAGUAUAAAACGUAGGUUCACCUGGUUAAUACCUGGAAUAAGAGAAUUGUCGUGUGAGAAAAAGUCACUUAGGAUGUGUCUAUACUCUCUGGAAUCUAGCAGAAUUAAGAGGGAUAAUAAGGUAAGAUUCUCAAUGGAAGCAGAAAGUGCUGGAGAAACUAGGCAGGUCUGCCAACAUCUGCAGAGAAAAAUAUGGAUUAUCUCAAGUUCAGAGGAGGUCAAUGGACUUGAAGCAUUAGCUCUUUUUUCUUUCUACAGAUGAUACCAGACAUGCUGACUUUCUCUAGCACUUUCUAGUUUUGUUUCACAUUUCCAGUAACUGCAGUUCUUUGUUUUUAUACCAAGGUUCUAAGUGGGUUUAAUAGGGUAGAUGAUAAGAGACAGUUUCCCUUACAAAAUAGUCAGAGUCCACAUGGACUGAGUUCAGCAGAAAUUACUUUACUGAAAGGGGUGUGAAUCUUUGGAAGUCUGUAUUCUAGAAUGAGGUGGAUGAUCAGUCUUUUUAAAUAUAUUUGAGACUGAGAUCUAUACCAGUUUAGACUUGAACAGGAUCAAUAUGGAAUUCGGUGGGAAAGUACUGGUUGAGUAUCAGCCAUAUUCCAUUAUGGAGCAGGUUUGAAACUGAAUGGUGUCUCCUGCUGUUUAUAUCUUAUUUUACUCAGGUUAUUGCCAAGAACCAUAGAAGGGGACAUAAUUAUUAUAGAACAAAAUCAUGGCGCACAAUAUUUUUGUUUGAAUAUUGUUAAGCCUACACACGUUAAUGAUGUGUUCAAUACACAAUUGAAAAUUGAUUAUUAUAAUUGUUGCAUAUAUGCUUUAAGCACCAAAACAUUUCCUUUUUAAGCCAGUCUCCUGAAAAAAAAACUGAAUACUCCUUAAGGAAUAGUAUUCUCCUCUCCAUAUGUUUCUACCUUGUUUUCUUCCUUCACUAAUAUCUCAUGUUCUUCACUUACAUUUUUUGGUCCCUGUUUCACCUUUGCCUUAUUCCUUGCCUAUUCUCACAUUUCUCUCCUGUUCACACCACUUCUCAUGCCCUUGUGUUCUCUCCAUUGUUUCCGGAGUCCUUCAGUCUCAUCUUUACUCUUGUUCCUCUUUCUCCAUCUUCCACUCUUUUCCCUUCCUUUCUUCCUGUGUCUUUUCUCUGCUGCUUUGUCCUGUCCUUCUGUGUGGAGUAUUGGUCACUUGCAAGUCAUUUUCUUUAUUUUUAAUUUGUAUAUUCUGUACCUUUGAUUUUUAUUUCCGAUUAUUUUACUUUUGAGUUUGAGUACAAAAUGCAAUAAGUACAAUUAGAUAGCAAAGUCUCAUAAUACUGAAAAUUGCAUAGUUUUAAGAAUUUAUGUAAUCCCAUUGUCUCAGUUCUUUAUAUUCUAAAUAACACAAGAAAGGGAAAAGUAUGCAGUUUUCAGAAAUGUAAGUGUGGAAUAAAAACAAAUAGUUAAAUGAUUGGAGUGAUCAUAUAAUCUAAGAAUAACUACAUAUUGAUAUCAUCAAUGAAAAUGUUUACGUACAUUUUUAGGUAGUUUUGCAUAAGCAUGUAACUUCUUCCAAACUUCUUUUUGGAAUGUACUGUCAGGAAAUACCUCAGUCACCAAUCCCAGUUCACAAGCUUGAGCAGCAGUUAAUUUCUUGUUGAACAAGAGAAUUUCAUUGGCCUAAUGAGAUCAUAAAAAUAACAAAGCAGAGGACUUAUAUUUCCUUAAUAAUAGGUAGCUUCAGCCUGACUAGUCACAAAACAACAAAAAUACCUAUAAUCGAGCCACGUCAUUGCAAUCCAUUUAAUUAGCUCAAAUUUUCAACAUACGUAUAUGAUUUACAAAUUUACAAAAUUUGCAAAUUAGUUUCUAAGCUUCUGCUUACUCCUUAAAACUGUUACUUUAUUUGUAAUUCUUGGGGAAACAUUCAAAAUUAUGAUUUUGUAAUGGAGACUAUGAUUUAUAUAUAAAAAUGUCAAUUAUUAUAAGUUUGGACUUUUAAAUUGACGACAUAUGAGAUUUUCUGUGUGAAGUGUUUAAUGACUUGGGGAUAUUUUUAUAGCCACAGUGAUUUCCUUUAAAAUAGCUUGGGCAGUUAGCUCACAGAAUUAUUAGGUUGAGUAUACAUCAGGGAUGUUCAGGAUCGAGCAAGGUAAACAAUGUGCAUCAAGGUUUCUUUUAGAAAAUUCUGGAUUUAAAAAAAAACUUAAGCUUACCCCUAGCUUGGAUUUUUUAAAAAAAUUUCAGUUUUGGGUAGAUCUGCAGAAGUCCAAGGAUGAAGACUGAUGGACAAAAUAGUGCUCCUGAGAAGGGAGAGAAGAUACAGUAAGGAGUUUAGCGAGAAUUCUCGACCAGAAGUGUUUGGAUAAAACCCUGAAGAAGUUAUUUGAAAUUAAAUGUUGAAAAUCAAGUGUGUGAAAACUCCAAGAAAAGGUUAACGAGCUUUCCCGACUGGGAGUUUUUGAGGUGUUGGAAAAAGUGAUUUUCUUUGGUGUGCGUACUGUAAAGGGGAUGCUUUUUGGUACUGUCAAGGACUGUUUUGGGAUCUAUAAAAGGAAUGUUUUGACAAAAAUGGGAUUAUACUUCUAACCUUUGUUUUAAAAUUUCAAAUUAUUGUGUAUUUUCAAAGGUGUGUUAUAUAUAAAUAGUCUGAUCUAUUUUAUCUUCAUUUCUUUUGCUUAAUAAACUUGACUUUUAUUGUCAACAUCA